UAUCAUAUGUACCUACAUCUCUGAUGAAGGUACGUUAUGAUUGAUGAUCGUUCAGGAUAGAUAAGUAGAGCAGUCAAGGCAUUUUUACAGCAUCAAACCUGACUCCAGACACGCAGAACGAUGCCCCAUCGAGAGUCCUAUGUGAAUAUCUACAUUGGCUCAGUAUGCGGGCAGACAUGCGGCGUAAAUAGAGAAGAGCUGGGGUAGAGAGAGCAAGGUGGGUAUGUAGCACCACUUACACAACAAUGAAGAGGACCGAGACUCAAGGAACUUUUGGACGAGAACCCAAAGAUGGUUGUAACACCGCCAAUCCCCGAUCCGAGACCUUGUUGGAUCUCUGCCAAUACCACGUUGGCCCAGCUCAGACCCAGGUUUCCCCAACAUCAUCUCCGCACCUUAAACUUCCUCUCCCAUGGCGUCGGUGGCCUGUUCUAAUCCCAUUGUAGUCUGCCGCCGCUCUGCUACCAGGAACACUUCCCAAUCAAAUGUCAUGUCUUUCGUGGUCACGCCGCCCAAUGAGGUAUCGAAUGAUGUACAGGCGGAGCGAUGUUGGCUGAGCGAGCACAUGUCAAGCAAGCUAUAAGAAAGAUGCCCCUCGUUCGGGCAUGUCAAGUUUUCUUUUGCCGGUGCGCCAUAAACUUACUCAGAGCUUUAGGGGGUUAUUAUGCUUAGCCUGAGCAUCUUUCUAUUCUAAUUGCCUGGAAUCCAUUUCUAAGAGAAUCGUCUAAAAUGUCACCUGCCAUGGAGAACAGUUUAAAACACACAGACUCUGUCGCCGAUGAGAAGCUCUAUGUUGACACCCACGAGAUUAGCACCGCUUCGGCGGUUCUCGAGGCUGCUGUCGCCAAGCAGAAGCCCAAGCUCCUCUCACCCAGUAUGAUGCGAUUAUAUGUCAUUAUGGGCAUCGGCUACCUUGUCUCGACUAUGAACGGUUUCGACAGCUCGCUGAUGGGCGCUAUCAAUGCGAUGGAUACCUAUCAAGAGACAUUUGGGCUUGAUGGCGAAGGCUCAACCACUGGUAUCAUUUUCAUCAUAUACCAGAUUGGCCAGAUUGCGAGCUUCCCAUUCUGCGGUCUAUUUGCUGAUGGCUAUGGUCGUCGAUGGUGCAUCUUCAUCGGGUGCAUCAUAGUGUUGAUUGGAACUGCUAUACAAGGCUCCGCCAACCACCUUGGGCAAUUCAUUGGCGGGAGAUUUAUCCUGGGAUUCGGGGCUUCUAUAGCUUCUGCAGCUGGACCUGCUUAUACGGUGGAACUGGCCCACCCAGCGUAUCGAGGGACCAUGGCGGGCAUGUACAACAAUUUCUGGUGGGUUGGAAACAUCCUAGCAGGAUGGACGACCUACGGAACCAAUUUGCAUAUCAAGAAUUCUUGGGCAUGGAGGACCCCUACUGUCGUUCAGGCUGGAAUCCCUGCCGUAGUCGCCGUUUUUAUUUUGUUUUUCCCUGAAAGCCCAAGAUGGCUGAUUCACAACGACAGAGCAGAAGAGGCACUGGCCAUCUUCGCAAAGUAUCACGGCGAGGGAGACCCCAACUCCCCAUUGGCUCAACUGCAGUAUCAAGAGGUCCUUGAAGAUUAUCACGCGAGCAAAAAUGAGAAUCCUUGGUGGGACUUCCGUGAGCUAGUCAAUACGAGAGCUGCUCGCUACCGCUUAGCUAUGGUCAUUGGCAUGUCCUUCUUUGGGCAAUGGAGUGGUAACAAUGUUGUGUCAUAUUUCUUGCCCGAGAUGAUUGAAGCAGCCGGCAUCACCAGCACCAACACGCAACUCCUUAUCAACGCUAUCAAUCCCAUAUUCUCUCUCAUAGCGGCCGUCUACGGAGCGACGUGUCUCGAUAAACUUGGUCGUCGACCCAUGAUGCUAUGGGGUCUAGCAGGCUCCUGCGUGUUCUACAUCCUCCUGACAGCGUUCACCGCCCAGACGGCCUACCACCCCAAUCUAUCCUACGGCACGAUCGUAUCGAUCUACUUAUUCGGAAUCUGCUUCGCAUGGGGCUUCACGCCGCUCCAGACCCUGUACGCCGUCGAGUGUCUUGAUAACAGGACGCGAGCCAAGGGAUCCGGUCUUAACUACUUAUUCCUGAACGUCGCCAUCAUCGUCAACACGUACGGCAUUAGCAUCGGCAUCAAGGAUAUUGGAUGGAGAUUAUAUAUCGUAUACAUCGGAUGGAUCGUAAUCGAGAUGAUACUGAUCUAUCGCUUCUUCGUCGAGACAGCAGGCAAGACCCUCGAAGAGCUCGCCGAGAUCUUCGAGGCGCCCAACCCGCGCAAGUACAGCACGCGCAAGGUCAGAGUCGAGGUCACGGGUACGGGGGAAGUCGUCGGCAUCAGCGAUGCACAGAAAGAAGUAUGAGGGAGCUGUCAAUGAAUCAAAACAAGAGGAUUUGCGCGUGGCAUGGGAUAAGUCCCCAGGGGCGACUUAGGUAGCUUGCAGAAGGAACCUAGGAGGAUUGUAUUCAGGUAUCAGAUUCCUCUAACGAUCUCCGAGUCAAUAUUUAGUAAGAUAUGCGAAGAAACCAGUUUACCAAUGACCUUAACUAGGUGCAGUAAGCCCCAAGCAUAAAAUAUAAGUAUACAUAUGCAUAGUGCUAGGCAUAUGCCAGCUAUGCAUACAUGUACUUAGAAUGAAGCAGAUGCAGAAAUAGCUGUUUCAGUUUCACCUACGGAUGUUUACACAGGAACCUCGUAUCACACAUCAAGAGUUCGAA